AUGGCGGCAUUUCCACGCUUCGUGGCCGGUUUAAAGGACGUCGCCAGGCUCUACCGCUGCGUUCUCUUCGAUGUCGGUGCACUUCGCGUCCAUGGCGACGGAGGCUUAUGGGGACCUUGCUCAGCUGGAGCCCUGCACUCUGCGAGCGAGCUGCUCGCACGCGACAAACGGGUUGGAGUGCUCAGUGGCUCUCCUUUGCGUGCGAAGGUGAUCAAAGCAGCCACCUGUGAGGGCGGCCUUCCUGCAGAGGUAGCAGCUUGGACAUCAGGCGAGCUCAUCUGCAGGAGCCUCGAUGGAAGCCUGGCGCACGAGGCGAUCUCCGCUUUGCCCAGGCCUCCGAAGGUCUUUGAGCUCGGAAUCUUUGUGAAGCCCCAGCGGUGGUCCGACACGGCGCGGCGCGGCGCGCCGCCCCUGGAAGCUCUUGCUCGUGCUGGCCACUUGAAGCGCGUCGAGUCCAUCGAAGACGCGAACCUCUGUUACUGGGAUGCGCAGGAGGGCGACAAGCUGGACCACUGGCUGGAGGCAGCUGUGGAACUCUGCGCAGACUUGAAGGUCCCUUUGCUGCAGCCCAAGUGGGGUGCAGCCGCCUUGGAUGCCGUUGCGCCUCUGGCGGGCCGCACCUCGGGCACAGUCGAGGCUGUCUCGGCGAACAUGCGGAGGUUCGGCGGACAGGUGAUCUCCGUGGGGAAGCUGGACAAGUGCUUUGAAGGCCUCGGCUGGGACGACCUCGCACCGCGCGACGCGCUGCUGGUGACAAGCAGCCUCGGUGACCUCGUUGAGGCCUCUCAGGUGGGUACCGACGUGCUGCUGCUGUUUGGCAGUCGUGCGCAGUCAGAGCUCACGGCCUGGCGUCAGAUUCGCACGCAGCAGCGCGAGGAGAAGAGGAAGAACUUGUCUGUGUCCCAGCGUGUCUCCGAGGACUCGCCGGGUUUGAUGGCCGCCGCCACGAACCCUUUCCUCUCGGUGUUUCAGCUACCGAGCCUCCUGGCCGAGGCGACGGCGAAAAAUCUGAAGCACCGGGAGAAGCAGAAGGAGCGACAGCAAAAGGCUGCAAGCGCCGCCGCUGCCCGUUCUGCCGUCGGAUUUGAGGAGGCGCCGGAAGUUCCGGUCGACUCCGACACAGACGUGGACAUGACGGAGCUGCUGGGAGACUGGUGCCAGGCCAUGCGCGUGGAGAAGCCAAUUGCCUUGGCCGAAGCCUCGAGCGCAGGAGUCGCGGCCAAAGCGCCGCGUGGUGGUGCCUUCGGCACCGCGAGCUGCCGAGCCGAAGUUGGAGGCACCAAAGCCGCCGGAGCCCGCAGCAGCUGA